AAUGUUGCUAAUGAACACAAAUUUAUUUCCUGUUGGUAAAUAAUUGAACCCUCCAUUAUUUAUACGACUACCGUAGUACCGUACCUAGGUAGUUACGAAUAAAAAAAGUAUAUUCCUUGUUGUAAUUUUUUCCUGUAUUUGCGCAAACUAAAUCUUACACGUCAAACAGAAGAAAAUUUUGCAAUAUUCUAAGAAAGAUAUCUUUUAUCAAAUUACUUAUGUAUGUUACUCUACAAUGGAUAAACUAGAAGUUGAUCCAAAGCUCUUUAUUACUUGUCGCUUGUGUUUGGAGGAAAUGGGCCAAUAUCAAAUUGUACCCAGUGUACAACAACAGAUUAGAUUUUGUUUUGAUAUUGAUGUUGAUCCUUUUGAUGGUUUACCUCAACUGAUCUGUAGAGGUUGUGAAGCGAUUUUGACACAGUUUAAUUCAGUAAAGAAGAAGUAUCAAGAGAAACAAAAUGACCUCAAAGCUGACAUUAAAGGAUGUAUUAUUAAUUCUACUCUUUCACAACAGAAUGUUGUAACUUCGACUGAACAAACUGAAUCUCAACCUGAAACUAAAGAAUCAACCCCUCUUCCCAAAUCUUUUAAAUUAACAUUAAAAAGGAAGCAAACCAUUCAUGAUGCUAAAAAUAAUCCAGAUUCAGAAUGUGAAUCUUGCUCAUCUAGCUACUCAAUUAUCAAAAAGUCAAAAACCUCAAGAAAAUGGAGAAAAAAAUAUGAUAAGUUCUUCAUUUGUAGAUACUGCUCCAGUGCUUAUAAGGAUAGAAAAAGUAAUAAGCACUUAGAACAUCAUAAAAGCUUAUUGGCGAAAUACUCAAACUUAAUAAAUAACUUUUCUAUAGUUAUACCUCGCAUAGAUAAAAAAUUGAAUUUAACAGGAAUGGAAAAUACGGUAGCAAUUGAUCGUGAGAAUAUAUUACAACAAUAUAAUUCAGAUUACAGCAUACUGUACAAACUUAAAUCUAAAUAUUAUUCUGAUGUUGAAAAAAAAAGUUCACCAGAGCCUUCUGAUGAUGAUAUUGUGACAAAAAAAAAAAGAAAUAGGUUACAAUUGAUAUCCGAGAGCUCCAAUGAGACUGUCAUAUUAGAGGGUUCUACCAAGAAGGACAAUGGACCACAACAAAAUGCAAACAAUGUUUUUGAAUGUGUUGAUAUUGGCGAUUCUUCAGAUUCAGACGACCGUGGGAAUGACACUAAGUCUAAUGUCAACACAGCACUCGAGGACCACCUGAAACUGAAUAUAAUAAGUCACAAUAUAGCAGCCUGUUAUAAAAAGUUUAUUCACAGAAUUGAUUCUUCUGAAAAUUAUAAAUCUAAUAAAGAUGACCUUCUUCAACAUAAAAUUCUUAGUAUGGGAAGGAAAGUAAUCAACAAAAAAAGGUUUAAUUGUAAUGGAAUGUUACGUUAUUUGGAGAAUAAACAUUUAGCUGUUCAUUGGAACAAUAAAAAAUUGGAUUUAGUUUAUGUAAGAACGAAAUUAAAAGAAAAUCGAAAGGUAAAUGAAGAUGCUGGAUGGAAAAGCAUAAGUGCAGUAACAAAAGUGAAAGAAAAUGAUUCUCUCAAUAGUUUAUUGGAAAAGGUUCAUACAAUGGACAGGCAUUUUUCGAUUAAUAACAUGUCCCCUUCUAGUUCAGCAUUACCAGCAACCUUAAUUCAAAUGGUAAAUGAUAAUAAUUAUAAUUCGCACAAACUAUUAAACCCUAAUCCUGUUGCCAAUCCUAAACAACUUCCAAAGAAAAGUAAUUUGCUGGAAAAUCAAAAUGUAAAAAUGAUUUCUGGUCCUUUCUCGAGCUGUAGCAGUGAACUUUUACACAUGCCCAUAAUAACAAGUACUAUAUCCUUAGCAGAAUUAAACACUGAAGAGAUUCAAAGUGUGGCAGAAAAAAGGUCAGAAGAAUCUAGUAUCGAAGCUAGUACUGCACAACCAUUUGUGCCUCGGAUAAAAGUAAAACCGGUGUCGCAAUUAAUGCCUGAAAAAUCAUCUAGUAAUUUUAUAGGUUCAAGUUUCACACAAGCUGCCAAAUGGAAUGUGCCUGUACCAGAGAAUGCUCAGGGAAAAUCCAAUAAACAUUUGCCCUUAGAAGUUCCAACGUCUUCCAAUAAACCGCAAACUAAAGAAAAUUUACUAGGUAAUGACUAUGUGAUCAUGCACACCGUUGAAAUUCCAAACCAGAAAACAUCUUCGCCAUUUUUAUAUUUAAAAAAUUUGUUACAAAUACACAAUUUAAUCUUGAUGAAUUCUAAUGAUGUUAUAACUAGUGAUUUUAUAUGUUUGAUCAAAUUCAAGUCUAUAUUUAACCAAGAUAAUAAAGCUGGCGUUACACUAUGUAUGGCUUUAUUUAGUAACGCAAAACAGUUUUGUAUCAAAAUAAAAGAUGUUACUUCAGAAAUUGAUAUCAAGUCAUUGCCACCGCAUUGGCAAUGGGAAAUACUUCAGUUAUUUAGAGGUGAUAUUGCAGAAAGGUUUCUGGAAAAUGCUAAGAAAAUUAGCAAACAACUGCACGAUGCCACCAUAUAUUUUGUGAGCUUACUGAGGACUAUUGUGUUCCGAAAAAACUAAAAGACGUUGUUCUUACCCAUGACCAUGAUAUGUCUUGGGUAUAUGUCUGUUGUUAUUGUUCUCCACUAGGUAUAUGUAUAACAUAUUCCGUGAUUUAUUGUUGUUUAUAUAAUAUGUAGCAACGGAAAGUUGCAAAGAAUCUAUGAUUCUUAUGUACUGAAUAUGUUUUAAGUUCUCUAUAUUAAGUUUUUCAAUGGUUACUUUUGUUCAUAAACCAAUAUGUGAUUUACUUUACAAACAAUUGUUGUGUUUUACUCUAUUGGUUGCAUUGAAAAUUAAUAUUGACAUUUAUUGCUAGUCUACUUAAAUAAGUAGAGCCAACAACUUUCAACUUCCUUUAAAUUUAAUAUGUAUCUAAAAAAAUGGUCGGCUGUUCAGAUGUACUUCUCAAUUUACCAAGAUACCAAGAUAAUAAAUUAUAUUAAUUUAUAAGACCUAAGGGAUAAGGAUUGAGAAACAACAUGCAAAUUCUAUAAAGUUUGAUGCAACCUGUACAGUACAUAAUAUGUAAAUAAGUGAUUUAGUUUUAAUAUAAAAUAAAAAACAAGUUUUUUUAAAUAAA